GGUUUAAAAACUGGAGAUAUUGUGAUACAGGUACCUAGAGAAGCUAUGAUAACAUGUAGUGAUGUAUUUGGUGAUGAAAAACUGAACUACCCCUUGAAGUAUUUAAACCUAAAGUUAAAGGCAAUGGAAGUGUUAUCUAUAUUCCUUUUGUAUCACAAGUGGUUGGGUGCUCAGUCAGAAUGGAAGCACUACAUUGAUAGUCUUCCUGUGACAUACACUGUUCCUGCAUUUUGUACAGAAAAAGAAGUCAGUGUUAUGCCAGAGUUCUUGAAAAGUAUAGUUCAAGGUCAGGAGGAAGAUUUGCAGAAUUGUUUUGAUAAAGCACAAAAAAUAUUUGGUUUAUUGUGUGUCAAAAAUAGCUGCUGUUACUUACCAUCCCUAACAGACAUUAAAUGGGCAUGGUUCACAGUCAACACAAGAGUUGUGUACAUGAAGAAUAGUUAUCCAAAUCCUAUUUUAGAGGAUGAGGAUAUAUGUGCUUUAGCUCCUUACCUAGAUCUUUUAAAUCAUUCCCACACAGCUCAGGUUGAGGCAGGUUUAAGUGAAGAUGGUGAAUUUUAUCAAAUUAAAACUCUGGUGCCUUAUGGGCCUUAUGAACAAGUGUUCAUCAAUUAUGGUCCUCAUGAUAACAUAAAGCUCUAUCAAGAAUAUGGCUUUGUUCUCCCAGAUAAUCCUCAUAGCAGUGUACCAUUUAUUUUGGAUGAAUUGUUGGCUGUAAUGAAAGUGUGUGAUGUUAUAGAGAAUGCACAUGCUAGGAAAGAUUUGUUUUAUGAAAAGCAAAGGAUAAUUGUCUCACAUAACUAUCAUAAGAAUCUAGUAAUGUCUUCAGAUGGUCCUUCUUGGAAUUUUGAAGUUGCUGCUACAAUCCUGCUCAUGACUGCUGAUGAGUUGUCUCAGUGGGAUGUUAUCUAUGAGGAUCUAACAGGCAUUAGCCAUAGACAUUUAGUGCAGUGUUGCUUAAGAAUGCUGUGUCAGAGUAAGCUGGAUCACUUUAACUCGUUUAUGAUGAAUAUGGAAGAUAUUGAAGAUUGUACUGAAGCAUUUGCAUGUGCAAAAAUGUUGAUAAAAGACUGUUGUUUAAUGCUAAGUAAUGCUGAAAAGAGUCUGCAGCAAGGUGAGAUUGAAGCAGUUGCAAAUGUGACAUUUAACAGUGGUUAAAGGAAGCUCUUAUGCAGUGAAGGAUCAUAUUCCUACACAGUUGCUUGUGUGUGUGAAUGAGCUGUCUCUUGUACUUAGCUGUUUUUAAAUACUGCACUUGUGCUUUACCUAAGAAAGAUGCACUAGUUUAGGCUGCUUUUUUUUUUUUUUUUUUUUUUUUUUUUUUUUUUUUUUUUUUUUGUAUGGUGCUAGUUUGCUUUUAGGGAGAAAUUAGGUUAUUCUUGAAGCAACUCCAUAAUUAUGGUUUAUUUAGUUUGGUUAGACUACUAAAUAGUCAAUACUUCUUGUGAUUUUUGCAAUGAGCUUAUUUUAACCACUGUUAUUGCCUCUGUGUAGUUGCUUUGCCAAGCUUAUCAUCUUAUCUGGCAUGGCAUGUAGUACUAGGGUUUGUAGGCUGUGGAGUAC